GUGACGUAUUUGGAUAAAGGAAAAUGGCUCCAUCGCAAACUACUUUGCAAUUACGAUUGCGAGAGGAAAAUCACGACAAUGUCUCUCAGUGCAAACUCUUGGCAGACAAUGCUACGACACGAAACGUUGUCGAUCUCUUGUUAGUAAUCAUAAUUUUCGUGCUACUCGGCGUUGCCGCGCCUAUCAUUCGUGGAGAUUUUUGCGGUAAGUUUUCGUUUAUGAACAGUUGGUCACAAGUUAGGAAAAAUCAUUGCAGGUAAGCUACACUUAAAGCAGAAAAUAAACGUGAAAAAGUCAAGUUUUUCCAGCACAGUCGAAGCCUGAAUCGUUUCGGCUUCUUAUCUACAAUUGCUUUAAUUCUAGCUUACUAGGGAAGAUUGUUUCUAUACUCAGUUAUUAAUCAUCAGCGGGUCAAAGUACUAUUUAUUCCAUGUAACAGAAGGGUACUGAAAAAGUUUAAUUGUUAAGACAACUUUCCGUCAUAUGUGCAGAUUCAGUUUUCGAUUGCAGACAUCAUUUACCAUAUUAAGUCUAUAUUGAUGGUAAUAAAUCAUCUUUGUAAAAACCAGGUGCGUGGAUCGGGCCUGAGUCAAUUAUAUAGAGGACAGAUGAUAUCUUCAUUUGUUUUUACCUUAUUGUACUGUAACGAACGUCAAAAUCAAUUUUGUUUAUCUGCUUUCGCUAUAUUUUAUGUCGUUCGUCUUUUUUCGCUGGUGAAUAUACCUACCAUUGCCCGUUGCUCGCCAGCUGUGUUUUCGCAACCAGCUCGUUCUUGUGACUGUAUUUCUGUUAUGAAGUAUUUAGUUAGUUAAGUAUAACCUAUUCAUUUGCUUACAUUAAGCAUUUCGAUACUUUUUUUAAAUUGAAAGUCCAAAGUUUCUUUUAGAUUUAAACUACGCGAUGAGAUUCCAAAUUGUGGUUCUUGCUAUGGUUUUAAUUCAAUUCAAUUUAUUGAUACUAGUUAGUAUAUUUACUGCUCGCAGAUAGCAACAGCAAGUCGAAGCGAGCAGUUGUUUCACGCAGCUUACUCCAGUAACAAAUUACAGAAAAGAAAUAAAUAUACACUUGAUCGUGACAAUAACAAGAGUACUAAGAUGAGAAAUUACAAUAAUGAAAUGGAAAGAAUAGUUUCUACAAAAGAAAGCUACAAACAAAUAAGUUACGAAGUUAUAUAGCUAUAAUAGUAUAGCAGAUAAAUAGAACGCCAUAUCUAGAAAAAGAUUUAUUUUUCGAGUUCAAUCUUGAGUAUUUAACGAAAAAGUACCUCUUGAGGACGAUCGUGUUUUAUAGAAAUGGAUAUUGGCUUGAUAAGUAAAUAUGUUAGUUAUGUGAGGUGGCGUUGGGUUAUUGAAUACAUCAUGCAUUAACACAGCUGGUGAUUUGAACUAUAUAAAGAAAAUCCAAGGGGUAGAUUAGAAGAAAUAAAGAAAGGUAUACCAUGAGCAUUAAAUUCACCAAAGAACAAGUCGCAAGGUACAUUUUUUAAGAAGUAAAAGUCUAUUUCUAUAUGGAUCUUGUCAGCUUGACUCCACGCAACUAAACCGUACAACAGAUACGGCUGGAUGAGUGAUUUUUAUAUGUGACAUAAGGUAUUCAAGGGAACAAAAUGUCUUAAUCUAGAAAUAAUAUCGAUUGAGAUACUUAUUUUGGAGGCUAUAUGAGGAAUAUGGUAUUUCCAGGAGAGAUUCUCGUCAAUAAGCACGCCUAGAUAUUUGACAUAUUUCUUACACUCUAGAAGAAUAAAAUUACCGGCAUGAUGGUUACAUGCUCUAAAAUUUACUUGAUAUUUUGUCUAGGUCGAAAAAUAACAUAGUGGCGGAGUUUCGUAAUGUUAAAAAACAAUUUGUUGGCUAUCAGCCAGUUGUAAACAUUUGAAAGCUCAUCAUUAACAAUGGAUUCAAGCGUCUUCACAUUUUGAUAUGCAAAUAAAAGAUUAGUGUCGUUAGAAAAUAAAUGAAAUUGUAAUCGGUCGCAGCUAUUUGUGAUAUCAUUUGUGUAAAUGAGAAAGAGCAGGGAACCUAGAACCCAAGACAAGACUGUUUCUUUAUUGGAUAAAUUUUGUAGAUAAGUUUGAGUUAUUUGUCUACGUCCCACUAGAUAUGUAGUGAACCAGUCGUUAACGAUUCCGUGAUUCCGUAGUGAUUCAAUUUCUUCAAUAAUAUUAAAUAAUCUACCGAUUCAAAAGCCUUUUGUGGGUCGAAAAAUAUACUACAUGUGUAUAACUUUCUGUCCGUGUUGGAUUCUUUUUGAUGAGCAGCUAUAUCCAAAAUGGCAGGUUCAAUCUUUUUUUCACGAAAACCGUAUAGUGAAUCAUGAAGGAUACCAUUUUUCUCAAGAAAUGAUUUUAGACGACGGUACAUCGUUUUUUCGAAAAUACGAUUGAAAACCGAUAAAAGCGAUAUGGGGAUCAAAUUCAUCAUAACUCUUAUAGACUGGAAUUAUUUUAGCAAGUUUUAAUUUAGAGGGGUAUGUACCGUGCUCGAUUGAUUUAUUUAUAAGUCGAGACAGAGGACGGCUAAGUGUAUGUUUUGCUGAUCUCAAAAUGCGGAUGGGAAAGGAAUUAUAAUCCAUGUGCUUUACUUAGUUGAAUAUUCAUGAUGUCAGUUUCUAUUUCAAUAUGAGACACCGGAUUAAAAUUGAAGGAACCAGCCACAUCUAUCUUUGGUAGAUAUUCGUGAAAUUUUUUAGGGGAUUUGGCAUUUUGGAUGCCAGAUUGUGCCCAAUUGAAGAGAAAUGUUUAUUCACUAUGUCUAGAAAUUCAGAGGAGUUGGAAGAAACUUUGUUCCUUGUCGGACAUUUGAGAGAGUUCAUUUCCUCAAGGACCUUUCGUUUCCGGUCUGAGAGCCGUUCAUGCCCUCCCAUGUUUUCUUUGUGUUAGAAAUAAUUCCCAUUGGCGUUAAUAUUUUGUUUCGAUAGAGUUUGUAGGCAGUGGUGUCCCCAGAGUAGAAUAGAGCGUCCUUUAUCUUGAUCAAUCUUCUAAUACCUUUUGUUAUCCAGGGUUUUUGAGCUCCUCUUAGACUGCGCUUUGAAAGUAGUUUUAGAGGUGCGUGCCUAUUGAGGAGUGUAUUGAUUUUAUUAUGGAAUGCAGAAAAUGAUUUGCGAACAUCCGUUUUAUUGCCGACAGCACUGAUCAAGUCAAUUUAUGACAGCUCGUUUGGAAAGGUGGGCUCUGAACAAUUAGAGAAGUCACGAACUAAUUGUUUAGGUCUCUACACAUCAAAUAGCUUACAAGAAGAGCCAAGAAAGCAAAAUGGCGAAAAGUGAUUGCUUAAUUCCGAGAUAAUGUUGCCGCUUACUUGAACAAUUCUUUCACGGUUGCUAAUAAAUAUAUUAUCGAUAGGUGAGUAGGAAAUGUAAUGUUGUCUCUUGCGUUUGUCAAUGGACGAGGUCAUGUCAAAGCUUUGUGCUGAAAUAUCGUUCCGCCAAUCGGAUACUUUGUUUUGUCACGUCCUCCUUGCCGUCGCUGUCACGUUUAGUUAAGGUCUUUGUUGAACACACUUAGUGGACCCGGGAAACGACCCCAUCACCUCUCGCAUCAUUUUUAAAUUGUAACCUAUUUGCUGCUUUUAGAUCAACAAAAUAGCUAACUGGCGAAAAAAUGUCAUCGAAAGUCCCGAUUGUAAACUAGAGCUAAUAUCUAAUGUACAUAAUUGCCACUAAAAGGUGCAAAGAAGCUGGAACUGGAGCUAGUAACCAGCUUCACUCAGCUAGAUUAAUUUGUCGACCCUUAAAUUAAAGAGCAUUGAUGUGACGCAUGGUACGUUCCUAACAGAAAAUGAGUCGGCAAGAAAUAUCAAAGAUUAUCGUUUCGUGUUCACUAUUAUGGAGAGACUCGUUGGGUUAAGCUUCAUGCUGAUUGUAUGAUGUGGUGUCCCUAAUUAUACUAAGUUUAUGAGCAUUUAUCAAUGCAAAUAUUCUAUCACCGGUCCAGGUUUUCACCACGCUAGGCACUUAAAUCAACCAGUCACCUGGUUGAAGAAAAAACACAAUGCAUUGGAGUCAACUGUUGACUAGACUGUAAACUUUGAAACCGAGUAAGCGAUCCGAGACGAACAGCUCGCUAGAUUUGAAUAUUUACUUUGUAGAAUAUUUACCAUAGCAGCAUUCUAGGAAAGUGAAAGUGUUUUUCACCCCGCGUUUACGUUCUCUAAUGUAAACUGAGACCUUUCCUCGGCAAUCUUCGUUUGUAUUCGGAAAUAAAAGAAAACAAGACAAACAUCGAGGAUUAAUGUUUGUUUGCCUGAAAUAAGAUAUGACGCUGGUCAGACUUAACCAAAUAUAACAGCCAAACACUUUGUCUUGAAACAGACAUCAGUCUUAUUUAAUUUUCCAUUUUUUUUUUAUGCAGUCUUCCCGGUAAACUCGGCAUGAAAAUUAACCAUUUUUAUUGCUCCUUACUAUCGGCCAAACAGCAGAAAUUCUUCGAGAAAGUUAGUGAAAAAUAAAGAAAAAAAAAUUUAAUUUAGCCACAUAUCACUUCUUAAUUCUCUUACAGUUUCGAAAGUCUGGUCGUUUUCUAAAAAAUAUGACCAGACUUUCAAAACUGUAAGUGACAUUCCUUUACUAAUUUGUGGGUUUCAUUUCUUCGUAUUGUUUUGUUUCGUAUAUUUCCGUUUUUGAGAUUUCAAAUUUACUCCGUAUGAAAAUGAAAUUUUUACCAAGACUGUCUUUGAAAGGAGACACAAGGAAAUAAUCAACGUGGUCCAUUUCAUUGAUUUCCGGCGUGUUUGUUAGUUUUUAUUCCCAUAAUUAUCAGCGUCACGACAUUAACUGGACGAUUUCCUCAUUGUGGACUCAACAGAAUAAAAAGGAAAAAAUUUGCGAUUCAGUUACGUCACUGACUAAAAAUGGCUCCUUCGAAAACGGCUGGUCAUGUGUUUGAUGAGAAAGAUCGAAAUGAUAUAUUGGACCUCAAAAGUCUGGCAGGGAGUUCAAUAGCAAAUUAUUUCCGUUUUCACUUAGAACUCGACGACACCUUUACAUAUUAUGAUGAAGAAGAGGUUUAACGCCAUUUGGGAAGGAAAAAAUAUCGAACUUCUUGCCUGAUUCUUGAAACAAAUGUAUAUUUAUUUUAUAGUCAAUGUCUUUCUCAGCGAAGUUGUCAUACCUGCGAAAGGUCCCCCUCAAAAAUUUGAGUCAGUAUCAUAAAAUUAAUCUCGCAUUUACUUUCAGUUUACGAUCUCUUGUCGGCUACGUUUGCGUGAGUGAGUGUGUGCGUGCCUUUUUUCUUUUGGCCAAACGUCGAGGAGAAAAUGAUUGCAGAAUUUCCGUUAUGGAAAUGUCUGAUGAUCGCCUGCAAGGACUUUUUUUUUAAGGAAUGCCUUCCUGUCAUGAUAGAAACCCAACAACGAGAUCAAAAUAGCAGCCAAGACUAAUGCCGGCUACGGAUGAAGAAUUAAUAAAGAUAUCUUCGAUUUUAGAGGUUUCAAAAAACCUCACUUUUUCUUCAAGACUCGUAAAUCAGGCCCUAAAUACUGGUUUUCGUCGAAAUCGGUGAAAUAAACAACCUAUGUUUUAUUUCCGGCAGUAGAUAUUCAAUCGCUUAGUGUUAACAAAAGAUUACGAAGGCCGAUCAGAAGAUAGUCAGGAAGCGGAGGUUAUAAGUUUGUCCUCCAAUACCUUUGUUGCUCUGCUUGUUAUGCGCCGAUCAAUUCGAGGCUUCAACAUCCUCUCGCGAAACUCAGGAGCAUUUGACUGUCGUUUAUGCCCAGAGGUGAGGAAAUUGAACCCGAACUGUCGAGUCUUACCUGCGGAAUAAACGUGUGUGCGUUGCAGCUCUGUAACUUAUUAACAGCGACCGCUAUAGGAGUGCGACAUUUGAGUUGUACCCGUCCACGGAGGAGAAGCCAGUCCCUCUCGUAUUUCUUUUCAUAUGUGUUCCGUUUGUUUGUUUUUAUUUUCUCUUCACCACUUAAGGGACCGUCGUUGGGUUGGUACUGGACACGCCAGAGUGACGAUAUGAUUUGAUAUUAAGCUUUUUAAUCGUUCCUUUAUUCUAAUUAGCCAAUGAGCUUAGUUUUCUUUUGGCUUACGACACUUCAUCCAAAAAAGAGUUCAGACACAGAAGCUGUCAUAUUGCUUCGCCUCGCUAUGGAGUAUUACUAACCGAAUUAUUCACUUUACUCAAAGAGAGAGGUGAUGACAUCAGGGUCAGUAACGUCGGAAAUACUCUCAAGUGCUCCGUAAACUCAUCUCGGCUGACGUUGACCGGAAAUAAUCACAGUGGCAACUGCCACUGUCAUGUUGGUUUUAAGGGGGAUGGCCAUGUUUGUUCAGGUGAGAACGUUGUUUGCAUGGGGAACUUUUACUUGAUAGUUGAAGGAAUUGGGGAUUCUCUUCGUGUAUAAGUUUGCAGAUCAUGGAGUUAGUCUUUGUUAUACACUAUUCACUCCAAAGCUUAAAUAUGUUUUAAAGCUGGUGUAAACACGAUUAAAAUUUGUUUUCUUUAUAGAAGCUGCUUAAAGUGAUGUUUAGGUAUCAAAAUGUCAAAAUUGAAAGCAACGUUCUAUGCACUAGUGUUUACUGCAAACCUACAGAUUCACAUAGUUACUUGUUGUAUUGAUCUUCGCAUCCAUCACACGUCAAGAAUUCCAUACGUUUUUCAUAGCUUUUCACACUUCGUCGUUUAUGUAGUGACGACUCUGACUUUUCCGAAAAAUCAAAGGCAAUGUGCCAGUUUUUCUAUAAACGUGGCUAACCUGCUUCUGCCGUUUAAGCGGGCCACCACCGCGCCCAACAAAUUAAUCGACAGUCAGCACUACAAAUGGCUGAGAAGGAAAAUACUGAUCGCAUUAUAUUCCAUUUAAUCUCACAUUUCAACCUCCCAACCACGCAGUUAAGUCUAUCAUUUGGUCAGAAGUUCAUUUCAAACCAAUGAUCAACUUGGAACUUUCAAAUGCGCUCCUUUCAUUCAUAACAAAGAGAAAAUGUCGGGAUCAAAGCGAUUCAUUAAGAUGACUGAUCACUUAACGUGAACCUCCGCCAAUGUCAUCUACAGCAUAACUUGCACUCAUUGCAAAAAGUUAUACAUUGGUGAAACAGGAAGACGACUAGAUGACCGAUUCCGAUAACACCUUCGCGACGUAGAAAGAAAUGACAAGGACGCAUGUAAACCAAAUACUUUAAUCUUCCCAAAUAUUCCAAGCAGUAUACGGCAGUUUGCAGCCUUUCCUUACAUCUAGGUAGUUUGGAAGGCCGCAAAACUCUCGAACAAAAAUCAAUCUUUCAAAUCGGCACUCUUAAUCCCCACGGUAUCAACGAACAUUUUUCAUUCAACUGUUCUAUUCUUGUUUUCUCGUCACCAAUAGCGUAGCUACAUAAUCUGCAUAUAAACCCACACACAACCCAUAUUACUCUAAUCUCUCCGUCGAGGGGCUAACGCUCGAAACGUCAGCUUUUAAAAUCUUUACGGUGGCCAAUUUGCGUUAUCAACUCAGUUGAUAAUAGUAAAUUACCCUGUUAUACUCUCCCACGGACGCAGCAACACAGUUUCUUUGGAGACUUACCUCCUUUAUUCAUUAAACUAAUGUUUGUCAAUUUGAAACCUUUGGAAAAAUUAGUUUUUCAGUUCUGUUUCUGAUUUUCAUUCAGUUAAACUGACAGUAUCUUGAAUCUGUUUGAAGCUAAUGAAGAGAGAAUUUUUUUUAAAAUUUCAUUUGACAUUCUAUAAUGGGAAAAAGAGAAAACAGACAGAAUGAAUCCAAAUGUCACGCUUAAAAACUAUCACUAUGUUUGUAUAAGUAAAAAUGAAUGGAUGAGAGUGAUUCUAACAUCAUCAAACCUCUCUUUCCUGGGCAGAUAUCGAUGAAUGUGCAUCUGGAAAUCAUUCAUGCCCGCCGAAUGCUCGCUGCAGAAACACCUUUGGAUCAUACAGUUGCGAAUGUUCCUAUGGUUACCGGGAAAACCGGUAUUGCCUCGACAUGGACGAGUGCAAACUCAGAUUACACGGGUGUGAUAAACAUGCUCACUGCACCAACACCGCGGGCUCAUAUAAAUGCACUUGUCGAGCUGGUUUUUAUGGAGACGGACGAUCUUGCAGAAAUAUAUAAGUACAGCUGA